AUGGUUACAGACUAUGUUCUCAAGGUAUUUGGAUUAGAUAUAUGUGAUGAUAUCAUGGUAGGUAAUGAGAAGCGAAGAGGAAUCUCUGGUGGCCAGAAGAAACGUGUCACUACUGGCCUUAGAGUUCUUACCAAACCGGUUGCCGAUGAACUAACUGUUGUGUAUCGAACUCUUACUGAGAACUCCAAUGAGAGAGUUCUCCCUUUAAUCAUUCAUGAAACUUGGAAAGUUGUGGUAGCUCAGUAUAAUGCUAGCCAGCUCAUUACUCAGAGAGAGGCUGUUAGUAGGGAAAUAAUGAAAAUACUAACUGCCAAUUUCAACAUUGCACUUGAUGACAUGUCAAUAACAAGUAUUACUUUUGGGAGGGAGUUUACUGGUGCAAUUAAAGCAAAGCAAGUGGUUGCACAAGAGGCUGAGAGGGCUAAGUUUGUGGUGGAAAAGGUUGAGUAA